AUGAUUGGCACUAUGGAAGACGAUGGUGUGCCAGUUAUUUUACCACAAGCUUCCUCAGAUGAUGUUUCCACGUUAACUCUCGUGAAGCGUUUCGUACUCGUUGGGACUCCCCUCAUGGUCACGACUCUAGCUCAGUUCACGCUUAAUGCCGUUAUGAUGGCUAUCAUCGGAAAACAUUUUGGCGUGAAAGAGCUCGGUGGGGUGUCGCUUGCACUUGGGAUGCUCAACGCAACUGCAUUUGCUUUUUCUGCGGGACUUUGCGGUGCGUUGGAAACUGUGCUCUCACAGACAUAUGGAGUAUUUCAGUCCCGUGGUGGUGAGGGCACUAUGUACCUCUACGGCACCUAUACUCAGCGGAUGGCGGUGAUGUUAUUAGUCAUUAGCAUUCCCAUAGGUAUUGCAGUGAUAUACAUUGACGUGCUGCUGAAGUCUCUUGGUGAGCGGCCAGAGGUUGUCUAUUACACCGGGAGGUUUUGCUGUAUUGCAGCUCUUGGCAUUCCUGCAUUGCAGUUCUCCCAGUUGAUCAGUCGUUACCUCUCUUGUCAACACCAGACAGCUCCCCUUUCAGCUGUAGCGGUUGGUAGUGCAAUACUUAAUCCGAUCUUGCAGCACCUCUUCAUUCGUAUGUUUGGCUUUAAUGGCUCACCGAUGGCGUGGGUUCUUCUGUACGUUGUUACCGAUGUGCUUUUGGUUGCCUACACAUAUUAUACCAAGACUUACGUGACAACAUGGGGUGGCUGGGACUCUAACGCAGUAAAAAACCUGAGGCCAUUAGUGAACCUUGCUGCACCUUCUUUGGCUAUGUCGUUGGUGGAGUGGGUGGUACUUGAAGUCAUAAUGGCUUGUGCCGGGUUCGCGCCUCCGACAGAUCUCGCUGCUUUUUCUAUUACUGUGCAGGUAUUUAGUGCUUGUUGGGGAGUGGCCUCUGGCACGAUGUUGAUAGUGUCAGUGUUCAUUGGGAAUGCCAUAGGGGAAGGUAAACCACUGCUGGCGAAGCGGAUAGCGAACAUAGCAAUUGUUAUGGUCGGUGUGACAACAAUACUUGACAUACUGUUGUGCUGGAAGUUCGAGGAUCGGAUACCACUUCUUUUUUCUGAUGAUAAGGAAGUGGGUCAUGUGUAUCGCAAGCUGAUGCGUUUUGUAUUCCCUUACCAUGCUGUGGACACGUUUCAGAGCACUGUAAUGGGGAUACUGCGUGGGUGUGGUUUACAGAAGAUUGGCGCUGUGAUUAUUGGUGUUACUCUCUGUGUUGUGGGUGCUCCCCUUGCAUUUUUUCUUUUCUUCUACGUGGGUGUGGGUGUUGAGGCCCUAUGGAUUGGUCCGCUGUGUAGCGUGACGUUUGUUGGUGUUCCCCUGUACAUAUAUCUCCUUUACUGGUAUAUUGACUGGUCUAAGUUGCAACCACAACAGGAGAGCUUGGACCUUGCGGUGGAACCGUUUAUUUCGGUUAACAAUGCACCACUGGAAGAGGAUAUGUACGGUGCUGUUGAGAGUCUUGGAAGUAAGGAUUAG